AUGGCUGCUCUUUGCACAUCCAAACGCCUGGCCGGUCCUCUUACACAAGCCGCCAACAUAUUCCACCUGCCAGGCGAGACAACCCGACGAUGCUUCUCGACGACGCCUUAUCACCGAGCCACCCUCGGCCUCGACCAGCUCGACCAAACGCGAGGAAAUCGUGAAAGAGUCGUGAUCCUGGGCUCAGGAUGGGCUGGCUACGUCCUCUCCCAACGCCUCUCCUCUCAAUACCAAACCCUCGUCAUCAGCCCCCGGAACUACUUCGUCUUCACGCCCCUCCUCAACUCCGCAGCAGUCGGCACGCUCGAGUUCCGCCUCGCCCUCGAACCCGUCCGUUCCCAUCGCACUCCGAAUAUCGAGUACAUGCAAGGCUGGGCGGAUACCCUCUCCGUCAACCGCAAGACCAUCACCAUCGAGGAAUCUGUCGUCGAUCAGCGCAAGGGCCGGAGUAGCACGGAUGCUGAUCCCUACCGCCAUAGCAGUCUCACGGCAUUGAAGCUCGAGAAGUUCGGGAAGCGGAGAGAGGGGAAGCGGUUUGAGGUUGGCUAUGAUAAGUUGGUCGUGGCCGUCGGGGCGUAUAGCCAGACCUUUGGCACGCCAGGGGUGAAGGAGAAUGCGUAUUUCAUGAAAGACGUCGGUGAUGCACGGAGGAUAAGGAAGAGGGUGUUGGAGUGUUUCGAGAUGGCGAGCUUGCCGACCACGCCCGAGAAGUUGCGGGAGCAAUUAUUGCGGUUCGCCAUCAUUGGUGGUGGGCCCACAGGGAUGGAGUUUGCCGCCGAACUGUCGGAUCUGGUGCAGGUGACGCUCGCGAAGGUGUAUCCGAGACUGGUACCCAUGGUCAGGAUUACGGUGCAUGACGUGGCGAGGAAGGUGCUAAAUAUGUUUGAUGAGAAGUUGGCGGCGUAUGCGAUGAGGACGUUUUCGAGACAGGGGGUUUCGAUUAAGACGGAAAGCAGUAUUUUGGAGCUGCGGUCGGGGCAGCCGAAGGGGAAUGGGGCUGGAAAGGGGGGAGGGUCGGGUGUGGAUGAGGAGUUGGCGGACGCGCAGGGGCUGUAUACGUUGGUUACGAAGGAGGGAGAGGAGGGGGUGGGGAUGUGCGUGUGGAGUACAGGCAACAUGAUCAAUCCCUUUGUGAAGAGUGCGCUGAGGAAGCAGAGACGGUUCCCGAAUUCUUCUGCGAUGGUGAGUGAAGGGAGAAAUCCUGGUGAGUUGCCGAGUCAUGACUGGAUGCUCGCGAGCCACCCGAAGACAGGAGGGCUGUUGGUCGACGACCAUCUGCGCAUGCAAUUACAUUCACAAACAACGACUUCGACCAAGGACGGCCAGGAGAAGCCUGCCACGAAGGCUGCCCUUACGGACGUCUACGCCCUCGGCGACAACGCAUCCGUCGACGGCAUGUUCCUACCCGCAACAGCGCAGACUGCCUCUCAACAAGCCGAAUACCUCGCCAAAUGCUUCAACGAAGAGGCGCGCGAGCGAAGCACGCCUGGCUUUUUGCAUUCUUCAAGUGGAGGGUAUGAGAUGGCGAACGUGCGAAGCGGGCUGGCACAAAGCACGAAUGGCGUUGUUCCAACAGCAGCCGCGAAGACAAAACCUUUCAAAUUCAAUAAUCUGGGCAUCAUGGCGUAUGUAGGGGAUAGUAAGGCGAUUGUCGAUAGUGGAGGCGAGAACACACCGGAUCUGAGCGGACGGGCGGCGUGGCUUGUUUGGAGAGGCGCGUAUAUGGUUAAGAGCAUUAGUUGGAGGAACAGGGUGCUGAUUCCUACGUACUGGUAA